UACUUUGGUACUCAAGGCAAAUAUAACGCUCUAGUUAUGGAUUUGAUGGGUCCCUCUCUUGAAAGUCUCUUUGAGAUGUGCGACAAGUCGUUUUCCCUACGAACAGUUAGUAUUUUGGGCUUGCAGUUGUUGCGGCGGCUGAAGUUCAUUCAUUCGAAGGGCAUCCUGCAUCGCGACAUUAAGCCCGACAAUAUUGUCAUGGGGGUGGACGGUGAUGAGAACAAGGUUUACCUUAUUGAUUUUGGGCUAUCAAAAAGGUUUAUGGUUGGUGGAAAACAUGGUAAGUCAAGUUGCAGCAACGAUUUUUUACUGUUAUUUGUUAUCUAUUUUGUUUCCACCACUGACAAUCUCACUUGUGUUGAUAUAGAACAAUCGGUCCGCAGUGACCUAGAGGCUUUAGGCUAUGUCUUGUUGUAUCUUAUGACAGGAAUGCUGCCAUGGUAUGGCUUGUCUGUAGAAAAGUUGAUGAAGAAUAAGGAGCAACUCGGGGACGAUGUAGACACUAUGUGCAAAGGUGCUCCUGCUGCCCUUGCUGAGUACUUUGCAUAUCUGUUUGAGCUUGACUUUGGCCCAAAGCCAGUGUACAGAAAACUUUCCCAGUAUGUGGCACAGAUGGCAUCCAAGGACGAAAAAAAUGAGCAACAGCACGAGUUUGAAUGGCUGGUAUGUUUCAACUCGUCUUUCAGUCUUAUUUUGUUCUUGUGUUCUACAUUUGGAGCCGAACGUUUACGUAACAAUCCACUCAUUAACAUUCUUAUGAAGUGUUAAGAUGCAUUCUUGUUAACAAAUAAGCAUAGGGUGUUGAAUUCUGGAAUUCUAGAGUUAGUCACAGGAGCAAUGGCGGUACUUGACAACAAUCUUGAUACUAUUUUCAUUUAUAAUUCCGGAUAUACAUGUUAGUCAAGCAUGUGUAUCUGCUGCUAAGAAAACUGCAGUUGAAGUUGUGAAGGGAUUG